AUGUACAGUCAUUAUUGGUGGUUCACAAUCCAUACAUUACUAAAAGAAUUUUUAAGUAGAUACUUUAACAAGCCUAAUACACAUGGAAUAUGUCCUUUUAUAUUAAAAGAGGAAGAAAGAGACCUUUUAAAAUUAUCAUAUAAGGCGCAUGAUUUCUGUGAAGAAAAAAAUAGUCUACUAAAAGUUCUAAUACCAUAUAAAACAGUAGAUGAAAAUUCAUAUAAAUGUAACGGUGAUCCUAAAUGUAUAAAUAACUUUAAAGAAUAUAAUGUGUGGAUUAUAAAAACAAUAGAAGUUUUUUUUAAAAAUUAUAUCUUUAGUAAAUCCCAAGCAAUACCUCCACAAAUCCAUUUUCCAAAAAAUAAUUGUGACGUAUUCAAAGAUGAAACUUUUCAUGAACUGGUAAGCGCAGAAUUGGAUCAAUUUCCAUAUUAUCAAAAUUCAGAUAAAACACAAGCAAAUUACAAAGAAAACGUAGGAGAACAAAGUAUAACACCAGAUCCACUUAUACAAAAAGAAAAUAUUCCUGUCGAAGAGGAUUUUCCAUUUUCAGAUAAAAAUGAACUUCAUAUUACAUCACUAUCCGAAGUUCCUAUAGAGGAAACUUCAAAAAUUCAAUCUGAAAUUGAUAACAUAAAACAAAAUUUUUUAUUGCAAGUUCUUAAACAUUUGGAAACUCCCCAAGGAACAAUAAAACCUCUACUUGAAAAAAUAUUUUUAAGUAAUUAUAAUGAAACUGCCUUAUCAGCACAUAGUGAAUACAUUGUUACCCAAGAUUCUUUACACGCGUUAAUGAGGAUAUUUAAAAAAAAUAAAAAGACAAAAAAAAGACAAGUAAAAUUACUGAGAAUGGUAACAUCUUCACUUGCUAGUAAAAAAACUAAGUUUUUAAUGGAUAAACGUAUGGAAGAUCCCUUAUAUAAUGAUGAAGAAAUCAUAAAAAACAUAAAAAUACAUGAAUCCAAUAUGAUUAAAAACACAAAAACAUCAAAGAGAAAAAAGGAAAGAACAAAAAUUAUAAUAGAAAUACAUAUGGAAGUGCUCAAAGAAUUCAGAAAUGAAGAAUGGAAAUUCAUCAAAAAUGAAUUUUUAUCAAUAUGCAUAGAAGAGUUUACAAAUAAGAUAUAUAACACGCAUUCUCAUUUAAAAAACGAUGUAUUGAUAACUCAAAGAAGUAACAGAAUAAAUGAUAUUGAACAACAAAAAUUGCUAUGGAAUAAAUGGAUAAAAAGAUACGGAAAUCUUUCAGAAAAAUUGAAAAAAGAAGAAUGGUUUAACAAUUUAAAAAAUGAAUGGAAAAAAGAAAAAGCCUACAUAGAAGAAAUGGAAGAAUUAAAAAAGAUAACUUCUAACGAAAACCACAACUUUUCAUUUUUAGAAAGAGAAAUAGAAAUAUUGAAACAGUGCUUAUUAAAAAAGGGUAUUAUUAUAGAACAGUAUCUGGAACAAGACUGGUUUAAAGGAUUUGAAGAGGAAUUGCAGAAUGAGUUAUAUAAGUUCGAAAUUAAAGAAACUAUAAAUGAUGGUCCACUAAUAAAUAUGGAAGAACUGGAGCAUAAAGAAUUUUAUCAAGAAUUAUAUAAAUAUGUAAAAAAAAAAUUACUAGUAAAACUUUGUACACUCGUAUUUAUAACGAUAUUGGAAGAAUGCAGAAAAGAAGAGUUGAUAUAUAAUAGAGAAUUAUAUUUUGAUACUUCCAUAAAUGAAUGGAAAACAGAAAUGGAUUUAAGGAAAAAAUUGGAAAUUGCAAAAAACAUAACUGAUGCUAACGAAAAAUUUUUGGAAAAUAAAGAAAAUAUGGGACUUAUGGGGAAAGACAACAUUAAAAAGGAGAUAGCCGGUUGGAUAAGUGAAGACAAUGCAAAUAUAAAUUUCACAGUUAAUGACUAG